AUGCAGUCAGACGGUCAAGAACCAGGGGGUUCGAAGUCUAAUGAUGGUGGACCAAGUUCUACAUCCGUCAGUGUCGAACAGCUGAGCCGCUUAAUGGAAAUGAUGGCACAACAAGUUGACCUGAUGGCUCAAUGUACGAAUGAGAUCCGCCACAUACGAGAAAAUGUUGUGACUUUAAAUAAUAGAGUAGGCGAGGUAGAGACCUCGGUACAGGGAAAUGGUAAUAGACCGGCUAUGGUUUCCACACCAGAAACUCGACGCGCUACAAAUGGUGAAAGGACCAAUGGAGAAGAGGAGCAGAAUGCCAGUCACCCGCGUUCACAUAAUGAAAAUAGAAAUAGGAAAAUUGAUUUAGACAAAUGGCACGUAAAGUUUGAUGGUACUAGCAAAGGUAUGACGGUGGAAAGCUUCAUUUUUCGUUUAGAAAAGAUGAGGGAGCAGUAUGGCAUCAGCUACUACCAGUUAUUCACCGACUUCCACUGCAUAGUCACGGUCAGCGCCUUAAAGCGGUAUUGGCAGUUGCUCGAAGACCACGCUGAUGAACCUGACUUUGGUUACUUCGAGCUGAAGGCCGAACUGCUGAACCACUUUAGGCCAGCCGAGUCGGACUAUGAGAUUAUCAGAGAAAUUAUGGAGAGGAAACACCUGCCCCAAGAAAGCUUCGAAGAUUUUUAUAGCGAUGAACAUAUUUUAACUUUUCGUCUCAGGAAGAGGAUCCCCGAACAGGAGCUUGUCAGCAUAAUUAGAAGCAACCUCAAACUAUACCAGUCAAAUUUAACCUUCGCUUCCAAAAUCAGCACAUUAGCUGAACUCAAAUCUGAGUGUAAACGAGCCGAAAAAGUUAUUAAGGAAAAUAGGAGUAGGCCUAAACCAAUAAGUGAAGUAGAGUUCCAUUAUAUGAAAGUCUUAGAACGCAUAAUGCAUCAGCAGAUUGACUCGUUUAUAUCUAAAAAUUCCCUGGUCAGCGCUUACCAAUCCGGCUUCAGGCAUAAGAAAAGCUGUAACCUUUCGCUUCUUACCGUUUCAGAUGACUUUAGAAUAAAUAUGGACAAUAAUCGCGUAACCUUGCUUACUCUUCUUGACCACUCCAAAGCUUUUGAUACAGUAAAUCACAAACUACUGUGUCUCAAAUUAAAGAAUUUAUUUCAGUUCUCAUCUUCGGCUGUAAACCUAAUUAGCUCAUAUCUUUUCGGCCGAUCGCAAGCAGUCAACAUAGGCAAUGCAAUGUCAAGUUCUCUUUCCAUAUCUAAAGGAGUUCCUCAAGGGUCGAUUCUCGGCCCCUUACUGUUUGUUUUGUACAUCAACGAUCUGCCGAAGGUAUUAAAGCACAAUAAAAUUCAAAUGUACGCUGAUGAUGUGCAAUUGUAUUUGAGCUGCCCACUUCACUCAUUGAACCUAUGCAUACAGAACCUCAAUAGUGAUUUAGACCUCGUUCACGAGUGGGCAAGUAACAAUGGUUUGGUCUUAAAUCCAAACAAAUCCCAAUGUAUUGCUAUUUUUAAAAAACAUUUUGACCUCAACGUUUAUGAUACAGUUUCAUUGAACAGAACUGUGAUACCAUAUGUUGAUGUAGCUAAGAACCUGGGCGUACUAUUUAACAGAAAACUAACGUGGGAUAAUCAUGUCUAUAUNAACCUGGGCCACAAUUGGUAG